AUGGGAAAUAUAAACGUAGAACAAAAUGAUCCAUGUUUAUUUCGUUUAUCAGCUACUUUUUCAUCUGAUCAGAUAGACUGUAUCUGUGAAGCACUCUAUCAAGCACGUGAUGGUGCGAAAUUAUUAGAAUUAUUUGAACCAAUUGCAAAUAAUAUUAUGUUUUACCGGUGUCGGUACUAUUCAAGUUCCGUACUUCGUGCUUAUCUCUAUGCACUCUAUUACGGAAAACGUUAUGAGGAAUUAUUUCAGACGAUAGCGUCAAAUACGUUCGAACAACGAUUUUAUAAUGAAUUGCAAGAUUUAUGGUAUAAGGCGCGCUAUGCUGAGAAUGAAGAACGACGACAAAAGGAGCUGGGCGCAGUAGAGAAAUACCGCUUACGAAAGAAACAUCCGCCACCGCGGUCCAUCUGGGAUGGACAAGAAACUAUUUAUAGUUUCAAGGAAAAUGCUAGAAAGUUAUGGUUAACCGAUCUACCAAGUCAAGAAAAAAAUACAUCAGAUAAUAUUCAAUUCGCUAUAAUUAUUCUUCGACAGUUCUAUAGAAAAAACAAAUAUCCUACACUUGAGGAUAAAAAAGAAAUAGCACGAAUUACCGAUCUAAAGAUUAUACAGAUUUCAAACUGGUUCAAAAAUAGGCGUCAACGUGAUAAAAGCUCGUCAACUGGGCAAUUUUCAUCAGGAGUGCCGAUACAGUUUGAUAAUUUGAAUUUAUAA